GUUGAAAUAUGUUUUUUUCUAGAUUGCAACAUGAUCGGUAGAAAGCCUCGCAAUGCUGUUAUUUUUACCUCGAUGGACUCACCAUUUUUGCAGAUAUUGGAUUGUGUGUUGUUUUUGAAAACGACACGCAGAUAAUUUAUUGUCAUUGUUCUAUUCAAGUACAUAACUUUGCGAAAAUGUCGUCGCGUAUCGUCGAAGGCGUUGUAAGAUAUGAGCCUGAUUCAACUUUGCCAAAUUUAUGCGUCAGAGGCAAUGAAGGAUUUUAUCUGUAUUCGACUGUAUCCGAAGUGAACCAGAAACCGCCUGUAGAACCUUAUCAGCUUGACGCAAAUGUAGCGCAAAAGAGCUCCAACCAGGUGUUUGCGUGGAGUGCAGAUGGCAAGUACAUGGCUUGGUGCAACUCGCAGAAUCUGCUUGUGUUGGAUGUCUACGCAGACUUCGCAGUUCAGCUGCAAGUCGACAAGUCACGUGUCAUCAGCAUCGAGUUCUCCCCCAACAACACCUACAUCUCAACUUUUGAACCAUUCAGCAAUGCGAAUAACAACAAGGAUAACAUCGGCAUAUAUUCUCUGCUCGGAGGACACCUGGUUGCCAAAUUUACCCAGGGAACCUUUGCACACUGGCAGCCGCAGUUCUCAUGUGACGAGAGGAUCUGUUGUCGCUUCUUCAAGGACCACGCGCUGUUCUUCCAAGAUGGGGACUUCUCCCAGCCAAAGUACAAACUGCAUAUACCCGGCUUGGCACUAGUCCACAUGUUUCCCUCAGCCCCUAACCACGUCGCCAUAUAUAUUGGAAGAAGCAAAAAGGGAGCGCCUAAUGUAGUCAAGGUGUUGAGGUACCCUGAUUUAAAUGAGAACCAACCUAUGUCGACCAAGAGACUAAUGGUAGGGGACAAGGCCACUCUGCACUGGAACUGGAACGGUACUGCACUAAUUGUGAAAAACAUGGAGGAAGUAGACACGAGUGGAAAUGAGUACUACGGGAAGACGACUUUGUUCUAUGUGUCUACAGAGGGAUCUGCAAACAAAGUGGAGUUGAAGAAAGAAGGACCUAUUUAUGAAAUCAGCUGGGAUCCCGGAAGAAAUGAGUUUUGUGUUGUCUACGGGCAUAUGCCUUCCAAGGCAUCCCUCUUCAACUCCAAUUGCGACUCAGUCUAUGACUUCGGAACCGGGCUGCGCUCUGCAUGUCGAUUCUCUCCUCAAGGUCAUCUGCUUGCUUUAUAUGGACACGGAUCCGUCCGCAGUAACGUUGAGAUCUGGCAUCGAGCGUCACUGAGCCUGGUGGCAAAAAUAGUAGACUUUGCAGAUAUCACUAUGUUUGACUGGUCUCCUUGUGGUGAAAGGAUACUUCUAGCAACCCACUCACCUACUCUCAAGGUGGACAAUAAGUGGGCGAUAUAUAACUACAUGGGCAAGAGCCUCAUGUGUUCGGGGGUGAAGCCGAGAGGUUCUACUUGUGAGUUGUGGCAGGUGGGCUGGCAAAAUAGGCGGAAAGAGCAGUUCCCGCCCAGGCAAAUCAACUUCACUGCGCUAUCGCUUCAAGAUCUGAAAGUGCAGGAGGCGACCGAAUCCAAAUACGUGCCACCAUACAUGCGCAACAAGGCUUCACAGGAAAUCAAUCAGAAGAAAAACAUUGUGUUGGACUUGAAUGAUUUACCGGACAGAGAAAGAGCGGCGGCUAUGGCCAUGAAUGGUAGCUCUUCGGGAGGAGCGUACAACAUCACUUACAGGUCAGGAGGCGAUUCCUCUCAAGCUGGGCGUGGACUUGGUUCAGCAGCCCCAUCGCGCUCGUAUGUACCAGGUGCGGCUCCAAUGGGCGACAGCGGAGGGGCAUCCUCGGAGAAGUCGAAGAAAAACCGAAUUAAGACGCUGGAAAAGAGACUGAAGGAGAUGGGCACACUGAAAAAGAAGCAGAAGUCAGGCGAGACACUGGAAAAGGAAGCGAUUGAGAAGAUCAGUCGGGAGGAUGAAGUGAGAGCGGAGCUGAACAAACUGAAGCAGGAGUUGGGUUUGGGUGGCAAUCCCAGUGCAACUACAGCCGCCAAUGGUGUAUGAGGACGCAGUAGAAUGAAUGAUGCGAGGAAAUGCUGCCAAGUGAAGAAAUAGAGAGAGAUAUCAAAUUAAACGUGAAACUGUAAAAGGCUACAUCGACAUGUGAGCAGAAAAUGACAAUUUUGUUGUGCUUUAUUAUCAUUGCUGUUUUGUCUGUUUAAUUUUAAGGAAAACGUUGUUUUUCAAUCAUUUAUCACUGCAUAUCUGGACUAUCUGCAACACCGAAAUUUUUGACCAAUCGAUGAAUCGAGACAUCUGAUGCAGUGAUUCCAUAUUUGAAAAACAGUUGUGCUUCCUCGCGUUUUAAUUUGUCUUCCCUGAUGCUGACCUGAGGUUUAAUUACAUAUUUUUGUCUGUGCCUACCUUUACGAGUCCUUCGCCUAAAUUUAUCAGCAUAUGUUUGGAUCUUGUAUCCAGUAGUAAAAAGCAGUUCCAUGAAUUGAAAAGUGCUUUGUUUUAUUGUUUCCGUUGUCGCAUUUUACUACUCGAUAAUUUUUAUCAAGUCAAUAAAAACCACCCAACCACAAACAUUUAUGAAAGAAGUUGUGGUGCUGUGCAGUUUAGUUCCCUUUUGAAUAUAUCUGUAUCAGUCAUCCUGGCCCUUCGAACAACUUGGAAGUCAUAUGAAAAUUGUGACACAAAUAAAAGUAGACGCAGA